AAAUUCAAAGUUUCAAAGAGUCCUAAGAGUGAGAUAAUCGUUGAAAAUGUCAUCAAAAGAUAUCUACGAAGAAGUGAGAAAUUCACGCGAUUUCACGGGAAAAGUAGUUUUAGUGACCGGUAGUAGUGGUGGUAUUGGCGAGCAAACAGUGAAACUAUUCUCGGCAUUGGGUGCUAGUGUUGUGGUCACCGGUAGGCGAGCGGAAGGGGUCAAGAGAGUGGCCAAAGAAGCUCAAGAAUUGUCGCCACAAAAGUUAAAACCAUUGGAAGUGGUGGCAGAUCUGGCAAAGGAUGCGGACGUCGAGCGUGUGUUCAAUGAGACGGUGAAGACAUUCAAGCGAUUGGAUGUAUUGGUGAACAACGCCGGGUCCUACCAUUCAGCCAAUGGAACCGAUAAAGACUUUGUCGAUAUACUCCAGAAAUCCGAGAAAGUGGACGUCCACUCAGCUCUACAUCUCAUACGACUCAGUGUUCCCUAUCUGGCAGAGACUAAGGGACGGGUAGUCAACAUCAGCAGUACAUACACACAGAGACCGCAAGUGUCGUACUUAGCGUAUGAAAUAUCCAAACAGUCACUGGAAAUGGUCACUAAAGUACUGGCCCUAGAAUUGGCUCCAAAGGGCAUACGAGUCAAUACUCUG